GGGAACCUCAGACAUUUUCAUUAAAAUUUAAGAGAGCUGAAGACUACCCCAUUGACCUUUAUUAUCUUAUGGACCUCUCCUAUUCUAUGAAAGAUGAUUUAGAGAACGUGAAAAGUCUCGGGACAGCUCUGAUGUUAGAAAUGGAAAAAAUAACUUCAGACUUCCGAAUUGGCUUUGGCUCUUUUGUGGAGAAAACUGUGAUGCCAUAUAUAAGUACAACACCAGCCAAACUCAGGAAUCCUUGUACAGGUGACCAGAACUGUACAAGUCCAUUUAGCUAUAAAAAUGUGCUCAGCCUUACUAGUGAAGGAAAUAAAUUCAAUGAACUUGUAGGUAAACAGCACAUUUCUGGGAAUUUAGAUUCUCCUGAAGGUGGAUUUGAUGCAAUAAUGCAAGUUGCAGUUUGUGGGGAACAAAUUGGCUGGAGAAAUGUUACAAGACUGCUGGUGUUCUCCACGGAUGCUGGAUUUCACUUUGCAGGAGAUGGGAAACUUGGUGGAAUUGUUUUACCAAAUGAUGGGAAGUGCCACCUAGAAAAUAAUAUGUACACAAUGAGCCACUAUUAUGAUUAUCCCUCUAUUGCUCAUCUGGUACAGAAGCUUAGUGAGAACAACAUUCAGACAAUCUUUGCUGUUACUGAAGAGUUUCAGGCAGUUUAUAAGGAAUUGAAAAAUCUGAUACCAAAAUCAGCAGUGGGAACCUUGUCUUCAAACUCCAGCAAUGUGAUUCAGCUGAUUAUUGAUGCAUACAAUUCCCUUUCUUCAGAGGUUAUCCUGGAAAACACUAAGCUCCCAAAAGGAGUCACCAUCAGUUACAAGUCCUUCUGCAAGAAUGGAGUGAAUGACACACAAGAAGAUGGGAGGAAAUGUUCUAACAUUUCAAUUGGAGAUGAGGUUAAAUUUGAGAUUAAUGUAACAGCUAAUGAAUGUCCACAGAAAGGACAAAAUGAAACGACGACAACAAUUAGAAUUAAACCCCUGGGAUUCACUGAAGAAGUGGAAAUUAAUCUCCAGUUCAUCUGUGAAUGUCAGUGUCAAGGUGAAGGAGAACCUAACAGCCCUAUCUGCCAUGAAGGAAAUGGAACAUUUGAAUGUGGUGCAUGCAGAUGUAACGAAGGUCGUAUUGGAAGACUAUGUGAAUGUAGUACAGAUGAAGUAAAUAGUGAGGAUAUGGAUGCUUACUGCAGGAGAGAGAACAGCACAGAAAUAUGCAGUAACAAUGGAGAGUGCAUUUGUGGACAAUGUGUAUGCAAGAAGAGAGAAAACACCAAUGAAGUCUAUUCUGGCAAAUACUGUGAAUGUGAUAACUUCAACUGUGAUCGAUCAAAUGGUUUGAUCUGUGGAGGAAAUGGUGUCUGCAAGUGCAGAGUGUGUGAGUGUUACCCCAACUUCACUGGCAGCGCCUGUGAUUGUUCUUUGGAUACCACUCCCUGCAUGGCAUCCAAUGGGCAGAUUUGCAAUGGGAGAGGAACCUGUGAAUGUGGCACCUGCAAUUGUACAGAUCCCAAGUUCCAAGGCCCCACAUGUGAAAUGUGUCAGACUUGCCUUGGUGUCUGUGCAGAGCACAAGGACUGUGUUCAGUGCAGAGCUUUUGAUAAGGGAGAAAAGAAGGAAAGCUGUUCUCAGGAAUGUAUGUACUUCAACAUGACACGGGUGGAGAACCGCGACAAGCUGCCGCAGCCCGGCCAGCCCGACCCGCUCUCUCACUGCAAAGAGAAGGAUGUGGAUGACUGCUGGUUCUACUUCACCUAUUCUGUCAACUCAAAUGGUGAAGCCAAUGUCCAUGUGGUAGAGACCCCAGAGUGCCCCAGCGGCCCGGACAUCAUUCCCAUUGUAGCUGGUGUGGUGGCUGGAAUUGUUCUUAUUGGACUUGCAUUAUUAUUGAUUUGGAAACUGCUAAUGAUCAUUCAUGACAGAAGAGAAUUUGCUAAAUUUGAAAAGGAGAAGAUGAAUGCCAAGUGGGAUACGCAAGAAAAUCCAAUAUACAAGAGCCCUAUUAACAAUUUCAAGAACCCAAACUAUGGACGUAAAGCUGGUCUCUAAGUCUCAGUUUGUAUCUCCUUUCAUUUUCUUCCUUUUCUUUCCCCCCCCUUUGCAUGUCACUUCAAACUCAACUGUGUGUCACAGUCACUUACCUCACAGUUUGAGUCUUGCGCUGUUUUAUCUGCUGCUGCUUUGAUUCUGGGGUUGUGAAGAGUGUGGCUUGAAAACUGUUAAUUUGUUUUGAGAGCAAGAUUGCUUCCUUACUAACCACCAGUACUGCCUUAA